AUGGCGUCGACAGUCAAGCUGGCCGACUACCUAUUCGGCCGCCUUCGCCAACUCGGCGUCGGCGCCAUCCACGGCGUCCCCGGCGACUACAACCUCACCCUGCUAGACCACGUCGAGCCAUCCGGCCUGCAAUGGGUUGGCAACGCCAACGAGCUCAACGCCGCCUACGCCGCGGACGGGUACGCCAGGAUUAAAGGCCUGGGAGCUCUCGUCACCACCUUCGGAGUCGGCGAGCUGUCGGCCAUAAACGCCAUUGCGGGGGCGUACACGGAGAGGGCUGCCGUGGUGCACAUUGUCGGCACGCCGCCUCGGUCGUCGCAGGAUUCGCGGCUCCUGAUUCACCAUACGUUCAAUGAUGGGGAGUAUAGGCGCUUCGCGCAGAUGCACGCGCAGGUUACGGUGGCGCAGACUCGUCUCUGGGAUCCGAGGACAGGUCCGCAGCAGAUUGACGAUGUGCUGCGGCAGUGUCUGCGGCAUAGUCGCCCUGUGUACAUUGAGAUACCCGUCGACUUGGUCUCGGCAUUGGUGCCGGGCGAGGCGCUGCAGGUGCCUAUUCAAGUUGAAUACCCAGCGGCCGACCUGGUCCCGGAACUGGAAGCUAUUCUCCACGACAUCAUCAAGAGAAUCCAGACGGCCAAGCAGCCAGUCAUCCUCGUGGACGGAGAGAUUCGUGCAAUGGGGAUUAUAGGCGAGGUGCAGCAAGUUGUCGACAUUACUGCCUGGCCGACCUGGACGAGCGCAUUCGGCAAAGGCCUGUUGAACGAGACGGUUCCCAACUUUCACGGAGUCUAUCAGGGCAGCUACGACACGCCGGCCGUGCACGCCUUUGUGCAGGAGGCCGACUUGGUCCUAUUCUUCGGCCCUCACUUGAGCUCCACAAACACCUACGCCUUCUCUAGCAUCCCGCCCGCAGAAGCUACGAUUUCCUUCACCGACACCGAGGUCAAGAUUGGCGCAAAGACAUUUCGAGACGUCCCGGCCAAGGUCAUCACCCCGCUGCUCGUUGAGAGACUGGACCCUUCGCUUUUGAAGCGCUACGACCCGUACCCCGCGUUGCCUCGCGAUUACAAGCUCUCCUUCUCGGAUGUUGAUGGCGGCAAGCAACUCGCCCAGAACAAGCUCUGGCGCGUGCUGGCCAACUUUCUCCGUCCAGGGGACAUUAUCCUCGGUGAGACCGGCACGGCAGGCUACGGCGUCCGAGAGAUGCCACUGCCACGACACGCCCGCCUCUUCACCCCCGUCACAUGGCUCUCCAUUGGGUACAUGCUCCCCGGCGCACAGGGCGCCGCCCUCGCGCAGAGAGAACUCGUCGAGUCGUCGCAGUACUUCGAGUUACAAAACGCUCGUACGGUCCUCUUCAUCGGAGACGGGAGCUUCCAGAUGACGGCGCAGGAACUCGCCACCAUAAUACGGCUCAACCUCAACGUCGUCAUCUUCCUCAUCAGCAACGACGGCUACACCAUCGAGCGGUGCAUCCACGGGCGGCAGCAGGGGUACAACGACGUCUCGCCGUGGCGGUACCUGCUGGCCCCGAGUUUCUUUGGGGCGAAGGAGGGCACGUAUACGGGCCGUGCCAGCACGUGGGCCGAGCUUAGCAAGAUUCUUGAUGAUAAGAAGGUCGCUGAUGGUGAGGGGCUGAAGAUGAUUGAGCUUGUCGUCGGGCGCGAGGAUGCGCCGCAGGGGCCAUUGCUGCAGAUGCUUGGCAAGCAAAAGGCCCGGAGUGAAUCUUAG